AUGCCGCACAAAUCAGACGAGUUGUCGGUCGCUGAGGCUGAAAAGGAGGUCCAUGAGGCAUCAACUCCCACGUCUCCAACACCAGCACAAGAAAAACGCGGUUCGACCUUGAUAAGUUUCUUCUCGUCUUUUCUUGGUCCCAAGAACCCGCUUGCACAACCAGCAGAGCCACACAAGCAGACCGUAUGGCUGCUAGACAAUACAGCGUACCAGCCGGUAAAUGAGGAUGCAAACGAGAAUCAUCUGUGCUGGCACGCCGAAGUAGUCGCCUAUAUCUUCGAAACAGAAGGGCGGAAAGACGCGGGCAACCUCGUCGCCGCGAUCGCCGACCACAUCGGGCUGGACGGCGAGGUGGGCAAUCACGACGAAGCACGCCAACGCAUCGCAGAGCGCGUCCAGCCCUUCCUUGACCAGGUGUCGCCAGCGCGCACAGUCAUGCUGCAGGUACCCACAUCGCCACGGGCGCAAUCGCACGGACUCGGCCCGUCCGACCGUAACGGCAUCGUCAGCCAAACGGUUGAUAUGGGCGAAGUGGGCAUGUAUGACGGGGAAGUUGUGCGGCCGCGGCUGCAGGAUUUCGGCGACGAGGCUGUGUCGAUGAGCACGACCUUUGCCGCCCCUGAGGGCUGGCUGGUCGUCUCGGAUAUUGACGAUACUAUCAAGCGCACUAUGACGCCUGAGCCGACGGGAGUGAUUCGCACAACCUUUGCGGAUAUCCCUGAGCCCAUCGCUGGGAUGCCGGAGUUUUAUAAAUAUGUUCAUGCUGAGCUAUUUCCUGCGUGGUUUUAUCUCUCCGCGUCGCCGCAUAAUCUUUACCCCUUCCUGCAUGACUUCCUGGAUGAACACUACUCCCCGGGCACGUUGGUGUUGCGCGAUUACUCGUGGAUGGAUAUCACGGGGCUUAUCAAGUCGCUUACUGAGCAGACGCAAGAGUACAAGCUUGAUCGGCUGGAGAAGAUUCGGGGGUGGUUCCCGCGUCGAAGGGUGCUUUGUAUAGGGGACUCGACGCAGAAGGAUCCAGAGGCUUAUGCGGAGAUGUAUAGUCGGUAUCCCGAGUGGAUUCAUGCUAUCAUUAUUCGCAAGGUUAAGGAUGUGGCGGGUAUGGAAGAGAAGAAUGAACCGGGGAGGUUUGAGAAGGCAUUUGAGUAUGUGCCGUCGCAUAUUUGGACAGUCUUUGAGGAUCCAAAGGAGUUAUAUAAUUUUGUUGAUGGGCUGGGUAUGGAAGACCAGGCCUUAUAG